UUUCCAAAAAUGGUCGGCGAUAACCGAAGAAGAAGAGUAGAUCGCAAAGACAUAAUGAUUUCCAAGAAACAGAAGCUUAUUCUCUCAGCCGAAGAAAAGCUUGAGACCAAGCUCGGUUUUGAUCUAUUCACUGAAGGAGAAAAACGCCUCGGCUGGCUACUCACAUUUGCUUCCUCAUCGUGGGAGGACCAAUACACUCACAAAGUGUAUAGCUGUGUCGAUCUUUAUUUCGUUUGUCAGGAUGGUUCGACUUUUAAAGCCAAAUACAAGUUCAGACCUUAUUUUUAUGCUGCUACGAAGGAUAAGAUGGAAACGGAUGUUGAUGCAUAUUUAAGAAGAAGAUAUGAAGGGAAAAUUGCUGAUAUCCAAAUAGUGGAGAAAGAGGAUCUUGAUCUUAAAAACCAUCUUUCUGGAUUGAGGAAAACUUACUUAAAGAUAUCAUUUGACAAUGUACAACAAUUGAUGGAAGUAAAGCGUGACCUGAUGCAUGUGGUUGAAAGAAAUCAAGAAAAGUUUAAUGCUUCAGAGGCAUAUGAGUCCAUAAUAGCAGGCAAACAAAAAGAGCAAAUCCAAGAUUUUGUAUAUUGUAUUUCCGAUCUACGGGAGUAUGAUGUUCCUUACCAUGUCCGUUUUGCCAUUGAUAAAGAUGUAAGAUGCGGAUUGUGGUAUGAUGUUAGUGUGUCGAAUGAUGGAGUUAAGUUAGAAAGGAGGCAUGAUCUUCUGCAACGUGCUGAAGUUCAUGUUUGUGCAUUUGACAUAGAGACCACAAAGCUUCCAUUAAAGUUUCCAGAUGCUGAGUAUGAUUCAGUUAUGAUGAUCUCAUACAUGGUUGAUGGGCGAGGAUAUCUUAUUAUUAACAGAGAGUGUGUUGGUGAAGAUGUAAAGGAUUUGGAAUAUACUCCAAAAGCUGAAUUUGAAGGAUACUUCAAAGUGACAAACGUAAAGAAUGAGGAAGAACUUAUCAAAUUAUGGUUUGCUCAUAUGAAAGAAGUGAAACCUGGUAUUUAUGUCACAUACAAUGGUGACAUGUUUGAUUGGCCAUUCAUGGAAAGAAGGGCAGCUCAUCAUGGCUUGAUAAUGAAGGAUGAGUUAGGGAUUCAAUGUGACACAUUGCAAGGUGAAUGUCGUGCUAAAUUUGCAUGUCAUCUGGAUUGUUUUGCAUGGGUCAAACGUGAUAGUUAUCUACCUCAAGGAAGCCAUGGUUUGAAGGCUGUCACUAAAGCCAAAUUGGGCUAUGAUCCAUUGGAGGUAAAUCCUGAAGAUAUGGUUCGUUUUGCAAUGGAAAAACCACAGAUGAUGGCUUCAUAUUCAGUAUCUGAUGCUGUGUCAACAUACUACUUGUAUAUGACUUAUGUUCAUCCCUUCAUUUUCUCCCUUGCAACUAUAAUACCAAUGCCUCCUGAUGAAGUAUUGCGUAAAGGAAGUGGGACCCUCUGUGAAAUGCUUCUCAUGGUCGAGGCAUAUGUGGCAAAUGUUGUAUGUCCAAACAAGCACCAAUCUGAAACAGAAAAGUUUCAUAAUGGGCGCCUUUUGGAGAGCGAGACAUACAUUGGUGGCCAUGUGGAGUGUUUGGAAACUGGUGUUUUUAGAUCCGACCUUCCAACUUCUUUCAAACUUGAUUCAUCUGCUUUCACUCAACUUAUCGAAAACCUUGAUCGGGAUCUUCAAUAUGCUAUUAAAGUGGAGGGUAAAAUGGACAUUGAAACAGUCUCAAAUUACGAUGAAGUAAAGGAUGCUAUUACAGAAAAGCUUGCAUCAUUACGAGAUGAACCUACACGUGAAGAAUGUCCUCUUAUUUAUCAUCUUGAUGUUGCUGCUAUGUAUCCCAACAUUAUAUUAACAAACAGACUUCAGCCACCAUCAAUAGUUACAGAUGAGGUGUGCACUGCAUGUGAUUUCAAUCGCCCUGGGAAAACUUGUCUUAGGAAACUUGAAUGGAAGUGGCGUGGGGAGACAUACACAGCAAAGAGAAGUGAUUACUAUCACUUGAAGAGGCAAAUUGAAUCUGAGGUUGUUGCUGUUGAUGGCCUUAAAUCAACGUCGUUCCUUGAGCUACCUAAAGUGGAUCAACAACUGAAGCUGAAAGAUCGUUUAAAGAAGCAUAUAAACGAGUGCUUGAUAAGCCAGUUACUGAAAAAAGAAAAGCAGGGAUUUGCAUGCGUGAAAAUGCAUUUUAUGUUGAUACUUUUUCGUGAUAGAAGAUAUGAAUACAAAGGACUUAAUAAAGAAUGGAAAGGGAAGUUGUCAGAAGCAAAAGCUAAUGGAAAUCCUAUUAAGAUUCAGGAAGCACAAGAUAUGGUGGUUCUUUAUGAUUCACUACAGCUGGCUCAUAAAUGUAUUCUGAAUUCCUUCUAUGGAUAUGUCAUGCGCAAAGGUGCAAGAUGGUAUUCAAUGGAAAUGGCUGGAGUUGUUACAUACACUGGUGCAAAAAUAAUAAAAAAAGCCAAUAAACUUGUUGAAAAAAUUGGAAAACCACUAGAAUUAGACACAGAUGGUAUAUGGUGUGCUUUGCCAGGGUCAUUUCCGGAAAACUUUACCUUCAAAUUUAGAGACUCAAAGAAGAAGUUUACAAUCUCAUAUCCAUGUAUUAUGCUCAAUGUUGACGUGGCAAGAAACAACACAAAUGACCAAUACCAGACUCUCAAAGAUCCUAUCAACAGAACAUACACAACACACAGUGAAUGUUCAAUUGAAUUUGAAGUGGAUGGACCAUAUAAGGCAAUGAUUCUUCCUGCUUCUAAAGAAGAGGAUAAAUCAAUAAAAAAAAGGUAUGCUGUUUUUAAUGACGAUGGUACCCUUGCUGAGCUUAAAGGUUUUGAGAUAAAGAGAAGGGGUGAACUAAAGCUCAUUAAAGUUUUCCAAGCUGAGCUAUUUGACAAAUUUCUUCAUGGGUCAACUUUAGAGGAAUGUUAUUCAGCAGUUGCUUCUGUUGCAAAUCGUUGGCUUGAUCUUCUUGAUAAUCAAGGGAAUGAUAUUGCAGAUAGUGAAUUGCUUGAUUACAUAUCAGAAUCGAGCACAAUGAGCAAGUCUUUAGCAGACUAUGGAGUGCAGAAAUCAUGUGCUGUAACCACAGCAAAACGUUUGGCUGAUUUUCUUGGUGAUACCAUGGUUAAAGACAAAGGGCUUCUUUGUCAAUAUGUUGUUGCAUGUGAACCAAGGGGGAAAGACGUGAGUGAACGAGCAGUUCCUGUUGCAAUAUUUGAAGCUGAUCCAGAAAUUAUGAAGUUGUAUGUGAAAAAAUGGUGCAAGAUCUCAUCAGAUAUUGGCAUUCGAUCCAUUAUUGACUGGGAAUAUUACAAAAAACGUCUCAGAUUUGCUAUUCAAAAAAUCAUUACAAUUCCUGCAGCAUUGCAGAAGGUUUCAAAUCCAGUUCCAAGAGUAGCUCAUCCUGCAUGGUUGCACAAGAAGAUUUCUGAGAGAGAUGACAAAAUGAGGCAAACAAAAUUACCUUUUAAAAAAGUAAAUGCUGCAAAUGGAAAAAAUCAUGUACACGAACAUAAAGUUGUGGAUGUGGAAGAUUUCGGAAGCAAUAGAAAAUCUUCCAAUUAUACCCCUAGAUCUAUUGUUUGUUCUUAUGAAACUAAUGGUAACACAAGUUCUUCCAAGGAAAAAGUUGACCAUGGUCAAAGCGUGAAUCCAGAUAUGGAGGAUAAUAUAAACAGACAUCUGGAUUAUCCAGGAUGGCUUGAUCAAAGAAAAAGAAAGUGGAAACAAGUUCGUGAAAAAAGAAAGAAACAGAAGUUAGACAAUUUGGACAAAAAUACCCAAAGGAAUGGAGUUGCUGAGAUCCGUAGUGGCGUGUCAGAUAAAAGACAAGCUCAGGGUAGAACAGGGGUAAAUUCGUACUUUGAAAGACACGAACUAGCCCUUACACGUAGCCACUGGCAGAUAAUUCAACUUGUUCCAAGUUCUGAACUUGGGCAGUUUUUUGGUUGGGUUGUUGUGGAUGGAAUGAUGCAUAAGAUUGGUAUAAAAGUUCCAAGAGUAUUUUACCUUAAUUCUAAAGCUCCUGUAACUGAAGACUUUCCUGGAAGACGUGUCAACAAGAUUCUCCCUCAUGGACACCAUUCUCAUAACCUUAUUGAGAUCAUUGUUGAUGAAGAUCAGUUUAGGGCAGAAAGCAGGAAACUUGCUGCUCACCUAGCAGAUCCUGAAGUGGAGGGAAUAUACGAAACAAAAAUGGGUCUGGAUUUCAGUUUAAUUCUCCAAAUUGGAUGUGUUUGCAAAGUGGAUAAAUCAGCUAAAAAACGAAAUGUGAAAGAGGGUUGGAAUCUGAGUGAAUUGCAUAUGAAAAGCACUACAGAAUGCUCAUACUUGGAAUCAUCUAUUCCUUUCUUCUAUUUAUAUCAUAGCAUAUCUGAAGUAAAGGGAAUUUAUCUUGUAUAUUUUCCUUCAUCCUCAACCAUCCAUGUGGUAUUGGUGAACCCUUUCCAGAAUAAAGAUUUAUCACCAUAUAUUUUAGAAAAACAGUUUCGUGAAGCUUGCCAAGCUUUAUCACUUAAAUCUUCCAUGUCUAGAGAUGCUUCCAGCUUUAAGGUGGAAUAUGUUGGAAGCCCCAAAGCCGCUGAAAAGUUGUUACAGAAAACAAUAAGUGAGUUCAGAGAUGAGGUUCAUGGACCUGCAAUUGGUGUGAUUGAAUGCCCAGAUGUUAAGUUAAUGAAGUUGAGUAUAAGAGCUUUGGAUGAUUUUCCAUGUGUUUCCAUUCCUUGUAAUGCUCGCGAUUCUCACUAUCCCACUCUUUCCUGGCAAUCUUUUGCUGCAAAAAUUGGGAUGCAACGUUGUGCUGCAUCACCUCGCUGGUUGAAUGAAAGAAUCUCUCUUUCCAGAUAUUCCCAUAUUCCAUUAGGCAACUUUGAACUGGAUUGGCUUAUACACACAGCAGAUAUCUUCUUUGCAAGAGCUUUACGUGAUCACCAACAGAUACUUUGGGUGUCGGAUAAUGGAAUUCCACAUCUUGGAGGGGAUUAUGAAGAAGAAACUUGUUUCACUGAUGAGGUUGUUCAACCUGUUCUGACUUACCCUGGUGCUUAUAGGAAAGUCACAGUUGAGCUAAAGAUUCAUCAUCUGGCUGUGAAUGCUCUGUUAAAAAGCAACCAAAUAAAUGAAAUGGAGGGAGGUACCUUAUUUGGGUUUGACCAUGAUUUGACCUCUGGAUCACAUCUUCCCAAUGAACAUUUAGGGUUAGAUGAGGCCACUUCAUGUUCAUCUGCAUUUCGUGUCCUCAAACAAUUGAUUCAAAGAUGCCUUGCUGAUGCGAUUUCAUCAGGAAAUAUAUUUGCUGAUGCAAUGUUGCAACAUUUAUACAGAUGGCUCUGCAGUCCAAGGUCAAAACUCCAUGAUCCAGCUAUUCAUCGAAUGCUUCACAAGGUGAUGCAAAAGGUGUUUGCACUACUGCUAUAUGAAUUUAGAAAAUUGGGCGCCAAUAUUAUUUUUGCUAAUUUCUCAAAAGUCAUACUUGACACUGGAAAGUCAGACUUAUCUGCAGCCCAAGCUUACUGUGAUAGUUUACUCAAAGCUCUACAAACAAGAGACUUAUUUGAGUGGAUUGAGCUUGAACCUAUGCAGUUUUGGCACUCAUUUCUCUUCAUGGAUCAAUAUAACUAUGGUGGAAUUCAGGCUAAAUUAGAUGCGAAAAAUAGUGAUCCUCAAGUGGAGUUAGUCUCCAGCUGGAAUAUAGCAGAAAACCUCCCCAAGGAGACUCAGGAUCAUUUCAUUUUAAUAGUCACUGAGUUCAUGCACCUCCCAUGGAAGUUUACACAAGAUGAAGCUAUGAAAAGAGCAACUUCAAGAAAUGAUGAUGACUCAUGCACUCCAUCCAUCACAGCUGCAGCUGCUGAAUCAUUUGAGUCAUGUGUCACUGAGCAUCUUAGGGACCAGAUUAGAUCUUACUUCACGGAUAAACUAUUGAAAAUAGUUCGUGAUCUUGUUCUUCACACGAAAGGGAAAGGCAAAUCUAAGGAAGAUGAAGACAAUGUUUAUAAAGGAGAUCCUGCACUUGAGUUUAUUAAGCAUGUCUGUGCUGUUCUUGUUCUUGACCAAAAUGUGCAGCAUGAUAUUCUGAUCAUGAGGAAGAACCUGUUGAAGUAUGUACGUGUAAGGGAGUUUGCUCCAGAGGCACAGUUUCAAGACUGUUCCUUUUCCUUCACUUUACCAAAUGUCAUUUGCAGCUACUGCAACGACUGUAGAGACCUAGACUUAUGUCGUGACAGAGGCUUGCUAACUCAAGAAUGGAGAUGUGGGGUCCCACAGUGUGGUCAACCCUACAACCGUGAAGUCAUGGAAAAUGCUCUUCUUCAGAUAGUUCGCCAGAGAGAAAGACUUUAUCAUCUUCAAGAUUUGGUCUGUUUAAAAUGCAAGCAAAUCAAAGCUGCACACCUGGCAGAAUAUUGUGGGUGUGCGGGCUCCUUUUGUCUCAAAGAGGAAGUCACUGUUUUCAUGAAGAAGAUGGAAGUCUUCCUGAACAUUGGCAUACACCAAAAGUUUGAGUUGCUUGUCGAAUGUGUGUCAUGGAUUUUGGAGCUAAAACAGGUUUAGUUUAGGAGAU